AAAUAUCCGUCGCCAGUCAUCACCGCUUUCACGGGUCGUCGUUACGCGAAAAAACAAACAAACGGGUACGUACUUAACAUAUGCCGUAUGUGUUUGAUUAAAAAAAUACAAUAUAAUAUUUGAAAAAAAAAAUACCCCGCGUUACGACCAAUAUAUAUCCACGGAACUGCCGUUCGUGACCGAUCGGUUGUGUCCGACCGUGUGUAUGCCGUCCGGUGUCGUCUUCGAACGGUGGUUUUCAUAUUAUAUUGUAUUAAUAUUGACAUAAAAAAAAAAUUAAAAAAUAUAUUCAUGUCGGCCCGCCGGUAAAAGGUGCCUUUUCGCGUGUCCGCCAAGAGACGAGGCGGUCUGAAAUAUUAAAAAAAGCGUCCGGCAAGUCCAGGUAAUGCUGGUAAACGAUGCUUAGAGUAGACGACUGUGUUGUAUUAAGAAGAGUGUCUAUGGGCGGCGGAGAAGAAAAUCCCGAACCACCGACCGAAGCCGGAAAUCGACGCGCUAGCAGCGCGUUGAAAAACGAGUUACUACUGCACGAGGCAGUUAUAAAAAAUGACCCGGAAGCAGUAAAAAAAGUAAUCAAAGAGCCUCUAGAUGUGAAUUCUCGAAACAAUUAUGGCAGAGCUCCCAUUCAUUGGGCGUCUUCCAGAGGAAAUAUUGAAAUCAUGGAAAUGCUUAUCAACGCCAGUUGUGAUAUCGAAGCUAAAGACAAAUACGGUAUGCGACCUAUCUUGAUGGCAGCGUGGCAUGGUCAUACAGAUGCAGUGCAGAUGUUAAUCAAAUAUGGUGCUAGUGUUAAUACAAUAAAUAAAAAACAUUAUACACUGUUAAUGUGUGCGGCUAGAAACAACCGAUUGUCUGUCGUGAACUAUUUGUUGGACAACAUCGAAGACGUUGGCUUAGACGCAUUUGAUACGGAUCAUCAAACAGCGCUUCACCAUGCUGCCAUAUCUGGUCACACCCAUGUGGUGCGAAGAUUAGUACACGCAGGGGCGAAUACGAGUACCACGAAUAAACAAGGAAGAACACCACUUCAUUCGGCAUGUGAAAAGGGUCAUGUGGAUGUCGUGGACUUUUUACUUGGUCACGGUGCUGAUAUGUUAGCUAGAGAUGAGGAGCAAAACAGUCCGUUACACGUAGCUGUAGAAAACAAGCAAACCCACGUAGUCCAAAUGUUAUUAGAAGCAGGCAACCCUACGAAUCUAGAAAAUAGUAAAGGUCUGACUGCUCUCCACAUAGCCAGUAGCCACGGAUGCCGAGGGAUAGUCGAAAUGCUUUUAGCAACAGACUGUGAUACCGACCGACAAAGCAAAAACGGAAAUACACCUUUACACAUGGCUUGUUUGUCAAAUAAUGUAGUGAUCGCCGAAAUACUCAUUAAUAAAGGAGCCAAUCUUAACGCACUAAAUACGAGAUUACAGUCACCAAUACAUAUCGCAGCGGAACAAGGGUACUCAGAAAUUUGUAAAUUAUUAUUAAGUGCUGGAGCAAACAUCGAACAAAGAGAACAAGGUGGGAAAACGCCACUGUACAUAGCAGCUAGAGGAAGUUUCACCGCCAUAGUAGACAUGAUAAUAAAGACAGCUCGUCUGGAGUAUACGCCAAAGAAAGGAACCGUACCGAAAACGCCUGAAGAACGAAGAAAGUGGAAAUGCAAUCCUGAUUUAGACGUUUCAAUAACACUACAGGAGACUGAUGAAAAUUUGGACAUGAUUUUACAAAAGUUGGCACACAAACAACUGAGUCCCGGGGAAUGGAAAAAACUGGCUCAUUUGUGGGCGUUUACCGACGAACAAAUCAAAGCCAUAGAACAUCAGUAUACAGGUCCUUCUAGUUACAAGCAACAUGGUUACAGGAUGUUAAGAAUUUGGGUAGACAGUUUAGGUUCUGAUCUUGAUCCAAUCGACGAGCUAAUUGAUAGUCUUAACACUAUUGAAAAAAAAACUCUAGCCGAUGCGAUUUGCAAGAAGCUAAUAAGACAAAAAGAGAAAAAUGGAACAAAACCUGACGUCAAAACUUGUGUAGUUUCAUAAACGUAUAGUGAAGAUAAUACCUGCCGAUUGUUUAACGUCCAAGUACACUUUUACUGUACUGGUUUUUAACCGGACUUUGUAAAUUGUAUUAUCAUAAAUAAUGUGUCAAAAUAUUCUUAAAAAUUAUUUUUAAAACUGUAAAAUUGUUGUGGAUUACCCAAUAAUUAUGUCUUCAAAGUACAUGUUAUCAUAUCAAGUUUUAAUUUAUAAUGACUAUGAUUAUUAUAUUAUAUUCCAUUUGGUUUGUUUAUUAUAACUUGUAUUAAUAGUUACCUGUGGUCAUUGUUUAUGAAACAUGAUACAUUUAAUUUCCACCUAAACCGGUUUUCAAGACGCGUAUAUUGCUCAACAUUUAAAUUUAUUAAGUUUUUAUUCUUAGAUUAAUAAUAACCCAUUUGUGGUACUUAAUAUUUGUAUCAUGUUUUUACCAUUAAAAUCAAAACAAGCUUGUUCUCGUAGAAACCAUAUCCCUUGAAUACAAAAUGCACUAUAUAGUAUUUGCCCGUUAUGUUCCCCUAUAAAACCAUAAAAGCUCUAAGCUAAAUUUACAUUCAAAAUCAAUCACAAAAGUUACAUACGAUUAUUACAUUUUUGUAAAAAAAUAACAAGGUCCAACAAAUAAGUAAAAUUUUCCUUUUCGUUGCAACUUUUAAGAUUUCUCAGCAAGUUUUUUUCACUGCUAACUCCAUAUUUGUUUACAAUUUAAGUAGGUGUACUUGUAAACAUAAGCAAAUGUAUAGUAUUGUUAUUAUUAUUAGGUACUUCUAAGUAAUCGAAAUCCACAAUUUUGAAAAUACCUGCAUGCCAUGUGUCCUAUUUUCUUUUUGUUUCAUGGUUUGCUAACUUAAUUUACAGCUCCAUGCAAACAGUUUGUUGUAGUCUCAAAGGUGCUAUACAUUCAAACCUAUUCCGUCCUUUAUUCUAGCUACCUCUCAGUCCCUUGGCUACUAUAAAAACUUUUGAAGCCAGUAAAAUAUAGCACAAUAUUUCUAUUAGUAAUUUUAUCUUCGUGAAUAAAUUACCAGCCAAAUCGUUUUUUGAUAUGCUAUUCAUCUUGAGCAGCUUAUCCCAAUUU